UUUAUUGCUGUAAAGUCAUAAAUCUCUUCCGUGUGGAUUCACGUGGUAAACAAAGCUAGAGUUCAGGGUAAGUAAAACAGUUCCGAUGCAUACACAAACUCUACAACAUUUCCUAUUUGCGCCAAAUGUUCGAUCGAUUUCGCUGUUCGUUGAUCUUUCAUUACAAGAAGCGGUCAAAAUUCUAACCAGGAAGCAAUGAAAAUUCAACUUGGAAUCUGAAUGAAUUAAAACCUGAAGAAAGAUAGCGAAGUAUUGGCAAACCUAAGAGCAUUAUUCAUAACUGAUGCAAAUACAUGACUGAAGCAAUCAUGGCAUUUCAAGAUUUGACUACGAAAAUGAAAAGGUAACUGCGAUUGAUUUAAUGAAAUGAUGUUGAUGAAAUUUUUUACACUGGUGAGUACGUUCUUUCAUAGGAAAGUUCGAUUUGUUGAUACCGUUAAAACCUAGUCAAAGUUCGAAUCCUUCUGAAUGCAUUAUAAGCUUAAGCACACGAAAGUCACGCAAGGGAACUAACUCAUCUUAUCGUGUAGUAUUUGUGUUUACAAUGAAAUCACGUCAUGUUUGAAAAGCUAUUGUUCAACGAGUAAAAAUCGGACAGAAACUGCGAGAGUUUCGUUUUGUUUUUUGUCUGACGUUCUCUUUAUCGUCACGUCAUUCUCUCUAUAUUUUUGGCUUCCUGUAUUGCUGUAUCAAAGCGAAAACGAAACUUGAUGCUGAGGUCACUAAAGCAGGCCUACUGGAACAGACAACUUAUCGCCCUAUGUUAGGAAAUCAAAAAGGUGUUGGAUUCUGGACUCCACGCUGCGGAUUCCGGAGUGUUUGUCAGUGAAACUUCGAUUCUUGAUUCCAGUCGUUAGUGGGAUCGGGGGGGGGGGAGGUACUCUAGGAAUUUCUGGGUGGGGGUGUGCCGCUGGGACCCUGGAACCCUGGAACCGUUAGCCUAUACCAGAGCUACAGUAGUUCAGCUGAAUUUUGCUACCCUAUACUAGACUAAACUCCCUAAAUAUCCCCCUAUCCUAGAGUAGCUUUUAGGCUGAGUUGGGUGAAUAUAAAUUUGCCGAUUAGAUUUUUUUAUAUUUUUGAGUGACAAUUAUUCCAGGUUUUCCUAGUCUACACUAAAAUCUUCAACCUAUUGAUCAGUUUCCUGGAAAAUGAUACCCUAUUCUAGACUUAAACUCAAACUCUCUGAUUUAUAUACCCUAUCCCAGAGUGAACAGCUUGAAAACCAUACCCUUCACAACGGCACAUACCUAUGUAGCCCAUAUCUGGCAGUCCCCCCCCGGGGGGGUGGGAUCACUGGAUUGCUUGAGUUGUAUUCCGGAUUUCAGAGCCUAAGAUUCCGGAUUCCACAAUUAAGACAAAUAUUCCGGAAUCCGGAUUCCACAAGCAAAAAUUUCCCAAAUUCUGGAAUAACUAAAUAAAUAAUUGCAAAAACAGGAUGCAAAAGCUACUCAUAAGAAAUUUUGGGGCUAUGCGUGACUUCGAGUUAGUGUGGUUUCGAAUUGCACUAUGGGAAAGAUCGCUAGCUAGAUGACGCGUAACUGGCCAAAAUGAGCAAUAGUCAAUAAACGUUCCCUAGUUAUUUAGAGGGUGAGGCUUACGGUUUAAUAAAUUUGUGACCAUUCUUCUGCAAUUAAAAUUAAGCUGAAGUGUCGUUUGCUAGCAGGCUGUUUCACAUGGCAGAGAAUCCAGAGGACGCUGGACAUGACGUUGGGACAACACCCCCAGCAGAAGAAACAACAGAAUUUGAUGAUGACACAAAAAGAGGUGAGAGGAACAAAGAUGGUGAUGUCAACUAAUAAUCCUCAGAAUGUACAGUUUUUCUGGGUCUUGUUUAAACACAAUCUUGAGUAACAUCUUCUUCCCUACAAGAGCUAUUCCUUCUAGAGGCAUAGCUAGGACUUUUUUACAGAGGAAAAGUGACAUUCGCGGAUGUGCUGUACGCGUUGUGGGACGGACUCCCUACAAAAUGUCCUCUUUUCAUCCGACGUUUUCUAUUCUCUCUCUCUCUGAUUUGAGUUGUAAAUGACUAGAAGGAUGAAUAUAAAGAAAUACAAAAAAAAUGUUACAAGUAAAUGAAAGGCAUCACUUUGAACAUCUUACCGAAGGCCUGGAUUCUAUAUCCCAUAAUACAGCGACCAGAGGUCCUAUAUAUGUUAGCCAUCUUUUUUGUGUAUGUAAAGUGGCUUUAUUAUCCUUAUUCUAAUGCAGCAAUAGCAGAAGUGUACAAGAUAGACGGCGACCAGGCAAGCGAGAAAAAAGAUUUUAUUGAAGCGGUACGGCUUUAUAAAGACGCACUUAAUGUUCAAUGCAAGGAUGACAGUUUGAAUACUGAGCUGAAGAAAGGUGAGCAAAAGACAUCACGUUUGUAAACGCUACCCUGCAUGUGAUCGCGGAAACAAACAAUUGCGUGAUCGCUACUAUACUACCACUAGCACUAGCAACACAAACUACAGCUACUGCUAACUCUUUUGCUGCUUCUGCUUCUGUCGCUGCCACUACAACCACCACCACCACCAUUGCCUCUGUAAGUACCAGUACCAGUACCACUACCACAAGCAGUGCCGCUACCACCACCUCUAUUAGGGCAGUCCCGAUUGCGCUGGGCACUUUUUCGAGUUUGUAGCACUAUUAUACAUUUCCAUCACUCUUGAGCACUGUCUUGACUUUUGACCAGAAUCUGAACAUUAUUUUGCUAUUUGGGCAACAUUUAAGCACUUUUUUUUUUUUACAAUUUUCGGCAUGUGUCAUACGUUAUUUGUCUUCGAAACGUUUUCAGUAAACCGAGUACCUUAUAUUACAUGAAAUUUUCGCGAAUUUCACGAUACCAAAAAAAUCGCGAAAUUAAAGUGACGCGAACAAUGAGUGCCGCGAACAUAACGUGAAGCGAAAAUUAAGUGUUAAGUGACUCACAUUUCCGGGGGGGAUAUUUCCUUAUAAGAGGCUAAUGGGGAUGUGCCGAUGGAUGGGAUCGCAUUUUCACGACCUGAUUGACUAUAAUGGGGUCGCAUUUUCAAUAGAGUUACUAGAAUAAAGUCACACAUUCUCGGAUUUUUGGGGUAAGAAAGUUCUUUAUAUUUAUGGUAAGCAAACGUACCAGAAUGUGGUACUCUAGGUGAGAGGUAAAGUGUUCUUCAUUCAAUUUAAAAAAAAUGGGUCAAAAUGGUGUUUCACUUCUAGUUUGGAAAAGUUAAGAAAAUCGAGGGUUAAAGCUUUGAUAAAACUAAGACUAUUUAUGAACAUCUGCUGGGAAAUAACUAAAAACUACGAGCAACUUUCGAGCACUAUCUCGAAAUUUCAAGCACUUUUUCAAAAAUUCACGUACUGUUCGAGCACUUUUUUGCCAUGUUUUGAGCACUUUUUGACGAAUUUUCCAGCGCAAUCGGGACAUGCCUCAGCAUGCCUAACCACUAUCACUACUACUACCAAGACCACUACCACUACCACUAUCACCUAACCCUAACCGCAGCCCCUACCACUGACAUUGCCAACAACAUUCCCAAUCCGACUCUUACAGCCACUAUCACCACUUCCUUCGCCACUAGCACCACCGCUACCGCUUGCAUUACCACUACCUCUACCGCUACCAUUGCCUCUACCACCACCUCCUCCACCAGUACCACUACCGCUACGACUGCAGCUGUAAAGCCGAAGGUGACAGUAAUAGAGCCUUCAGAGAUCUAGCCUAUCCUACCAAAUCUGCCUUUGAUGUUAUUUUCGUACAGAUGCAUCAGAUGCGGAUCCUUUUCAUUCUCUAGUGUUUAAAAGUACGCAAGUUAUCGAGAAUUUAUGACUUGCCUGUGGAAUCCUGAAAAAUUUUGCUUGGGGAAUCCGGAAUUCCUGGGCUUUGAAAUCCGCAAUCCCACUAAUCCAGAGUCGACGAGACAGAGACUGAAAUCCCGUACCUGAAAUCCGGAAUCCACGGCGUGGCAUCUAGAAUCCCAGACUGUCUUGAAAUCCCUUAUAUGGGGCGAGGCACUACACACGAUACCCAGUCACAAAUGGACUGGGCAAAUGGACCAUUCUUCCAACAAACAAAUCUUACAAACACAACCAGGGUAAAGGGCAUUCCCAUUUGAAGAUGGAUUUGAGCUAAUUUUGUGUGCUUGUGCAAUCAAUUCUUUUUAAUCAGCUCUAGCAGACGCUUACAAGAAUGAAGGCAAUAACGCGCACAAAAGGAAAGACUACCCAGCCGCUGUGCACUUCUACUCAGAAGGACUCCAAGUGAACUGUGACGAUAACGAGCUGAAUGCUAAACUCUACAGCAACAGGGCAACGGCUAAUUUCAAUCAGAGUAAGCCAGCUUAAUUAAAAACAAUUCUUGCCAGAUGCAUCUGUUGCACCGUUUUGAUAAUUAAUUACUGAAACAGAUUCCAAUUUUCAUAACUAAUGAAUUAUUAGAUUUACUGAUAUUUUUUGCUAGUUAUAUAUGUCAAGAAAAGUAAUAAGAACAUUUUCCUAUCUCAAGUAUGUCUAUGGUGAUUGAUGUUUCCAUGCUUCUUGGGUAUUUGCUGACUUCCUAUUAUACCCCCUCAGGCUAGGCUAAGCACGCACAAAGAAAGCCUCGCAAGCGAAUUUAGCAAAAUUUAAUUAAUGUCUCUUGUCCUUUUCAUGAUUUCAGAAAACUAUGAAGAAACGCUAAUUGACGUGCAAAUUGCCGUUGACUUGCAGCCAACCUAUACUAAAGCCAUGGAAAGAGGUAGGUACAGUUUCCCAUCCCGUCGCUGGCUUCCUUUCCUUCGUGGGUAAACCAUAGGUGGAAGGAGCGAAGAAAUUGAAUGCUGAUCACAGGUGACUACUUAGAACUGAGUAGUGCUUUUGAUUGGUUGAAGGAAAUUUCCCUUCCGGAACGACCAGUCAGAAGUUCGUAGCCAAAUCUUGGUAGUGUCACUUCAUCUGUAUGGAAUUCUGCGCAUGCGUUCAUUCCGCGGACAUCAUUUCGAAGGUGAAAUUGCAAAGGUUGGGUAGGGAUUAAGAGAGAUGGGUUUUGGUUCCAGUUGACGGGACUUUUGAAAAAGAUAGGAAUCGAGAAAGCGGCAACAAACUAUAUAGCAAACUAGAAAUGAUAAGCUCUUACAUCUGUUUUUUGUUGUUGUUUUGUUUGGUCGAUGUAGUUGUUGUUGUGGGUUUUUUAACGCUAAUUUUUUGGUUUCAGGAGCAAAUGCCUGUUUGCAACUUGGUUUAUAUGGAGAAGCCAUUAACUGGUGCGAUAAAGGAUUGGCAGUAUCCUAUUGAAUUAUUCCGUUAACGUCUUUCCAAUGCACAUGCGUUUUUGUAUACACAUAUAUAUUUUUUUUCAAAAAGCUGUUUAGCCAAAGCUACUCUUGUCAGUGGCUGUUUAAAUAUUUACAGUAUUUAUUCGAAUAAGCGCCCAACCUCGAACUAGCGCCCACCUCGAAUAAGCACCCAUCCUAAAGGCAGAAAAAGUUAAUAAACGUCCAGCCUCGAAUAAGCGCCCACCCCUCCCCCUCCCGCUCAAACUUAAAUUGCAGGUGAAAUUGAAAUUAAAUAAGUACUGAUAAGAGACUUCCCCGAAGGUGGAGUUUUCUUCACAGUAUUUCACAAAAACCUUGCUUUGUUACAUCUUAGCGUUUUGUUAUUACCACUUGUCGUUUUGUUCCCAAAUAUACAUACUAUACUUGCUGAAUAUGGUGAUAAGCGCCCACUCUCAAGGUCCAAAGAUUUAUUGAGUGCUCAGGGCAGUUAAUCGAAUAAAUAUGGUAAUACACAUUUUGGCAACUCUGUCGGACAUUGGGUUGCUAUGGUUACAAGGCAUAGCGUCAAAAAUAACACGAUGUAAGAGCAUUUUCCCGAAAAAAUGCACGUUUUUUACAAUUUUUGGUAAAUAACGUACAAAGCAAUUCCAAAACCCAAUAAUGUUUAAUAAUAACUUUUUUACACCUACUCAAUGAAAAGUUUCUAGACUGUUGGUAUAAAUGUGAAUUUUCAGAAAAGCCACUAUGGUAGCUUAGAUAGCAGCCAAGAUGGCGACCAUUUUGAAUGACGUCAAAACCCCCAUCUUAUUGCUCUAGUCGUAGGCUAUCCAUUAGACCUUUAAUCUUUGUAUAACAUUUAAUAAAGUCCAAAAGCCAGGGAAGGAGUUCCUACUACCCGCUUCCCUGCCCUUUUGUACCAUGAUGAGAGUAUUGGUCUAUUUGUAGUUUUUAGACUUAAUUAAGCAUAUAGUUGUUUAGAUUUAACUAAAAAAGAUCGACAAGGAAAACAAGACUCUUUCUGAAUUGAGGAGCAAGACUAUUGCGGAAAGAGACAAACCAAAGGUAAUUUUAAUCGUUAAAAAUGCAGUACCAAUUGCACUGAUACUACGAUUAGAAGAGGAAAUCAUGCGCAGUAUAGACAUCCCGAGUGGUGUAAAACCAGCCUAGUCCCUAGGAGUUUUCUCUUGACCCGUUGUCCGCUCGAAGUCUGGGAAAGAGCGGGCGAGUUUCUCUCGGUGACGUCACAGCUCACGGUAAAGUCCAGGAUUGACCGGGCCAAGAACACACAGGGACUAGGCUGGUGUAAAACCAUUGGCUAUCACUAAUAGAGAUCCGAAUUCCAUAAAAAACAAUACAAAGUUUUCCUUGUAACUUUGGAUCAGGUUAGGUUUCUGGGAAACUACUCACCUACCCCUCCCCUAAGCCAACAUUAACACUUACUUCUCGUUUAGGGAAAAAUGUUGAUUUAGGGGAGGCGUAGGUGGGCAGGUUCCCAGAAACCUAACUUGAUCCUUUGUUUUCUACCCAUUAGUACUUAAACUACUUACUUGCCAAAUUUGCAGGAACAGAUGACGAGGGAUUUCCCUGGGGGAUUUUCUACGCCUGGAGGAAGUUUUUCUGGAAUCCCUGGACUUGCAGGAGGUUUCCCUGCUGGCACCAUUGGAGGAGGGAUGUCUGCCGAGGCAAUACUUGGAGGUAGUAGAGAGCAUUUGGAAUUUACAUCUGGAGCAGGGUUGUUACGGCCUAAUUUUCUUCCACAUACAAGCAUAUCCAUACCUCUGCCAUGGGACAAAGUGUAAAUAUGGGCACUAAGAGUCCAAGUUUGAAACAUUUGAGGAUGGCGCUAAAUUUAGAAAUUUCCUUGCUCAAAGUGCAAAAUGUGUAAUCAUUUUAAAGAUCUUUUACUAUAUUCUGGUCAUCUACUCAGUAGUCGAAAGAUGAUGAUGUUGAUGGUGAUGACAAUGAUGGUAGUGGUGAUGGUGCUCCUGAUGAUGAUGAUGAUUCUGGGUGAUGGUGGCGAUGAUGAUGAUGAUGGUGAUGACGAUAAUGAUGAUGAUGAUGGUGCUGGUGCUGUUGAUGAUGCUGGUGAUAAUUAUGAUGCUUGAUGAUAAUGAUGAUGAUGAUGAUGAUGAUGAUGAUGAUGAUGAUGCUAUUAAGGAAAUUAAAUCUUACUCCCGAUCCUAAGUCUGUAUGCAAUAAUGCUGUAGACUGCAAACUUUGCCUUAUCUUGUAUAUAAUAGUUUAUUUCUUUCGAUUCAAUUGUGUUGUAUCAUUGACCAUUUCUAGGAGGUGAAACACCCAUUCUGAACGACUUACUGAGUGACAAAGAAUUGGUCGCAGCAUUCCAGGUUAGUUUAUGAUCAGUAUUGUACAUAAUGCAAAACGAAUUCAGUUAGUAAUAUAACUGGAGCCGUUGGCAACUUUGCAAGGGUCUGAUCGACAAUAAAAGAUACAAUCCUCGUCACAUUAAGUUGGGACACUUCGUGCAGUACCCAUAUUCCGACAAAAAGUUGUGCUCCUUCCCUCCCAGUGUUUAAUUUUUUUGCUUCUGUGAUGCCAACUCGCAGAAAUCAACACUGAGGAGGCAGAAAAAAUGACUACUGUCCUAACUAAUAUGACGAGUAUUGUAUAGGUUUAAUUAAGAAACGGUCCAGAUAAGAACGAUAGCAACAACGGCAACGAACAUGUUGGAAUGCAAAAAAGGUGCUAACUUUUCUAUUGUCUGUACUUACUUCUGAUUGGCUUAAACAGAAAAAGUUAACAAAACUUCAUAAAGCAGUACAUAUAUUCAUCCUUACUUUCCAACCAUCUUCCAUACAGUAAAAUCUGGUCUCAGUUUGAAUAACAAAGAAAUCCUAUGUGGGGAACAUGUAAAAUUGUAAACUUUUCUUGGCUAUUGUUUUCAACUCUUGUGAUUGGUCAAAAUCUUUUAACACAAAAAACACCCUUUCGAAGUGGAGUGUAAAUGCAUUUUAUUGCGUAAACGGCCUUCAUGUAGGUUUAUGCAUUCUCUGCGUAAAAAUGAGAACAUUCCUAUGUUGGGAAAGCACCGUUUCCGCUUAACAAAAGAAAUUGCUAUCCACCUUACCCGGAUCAUUACUUAAAAGAUCAGCCUGUUUGAAAUUCACACAAAAAGCGUAACUUCAAUUCUUCAAUGAACCAAGUGCAGCUCUUGCAGCUGGACUGCUCCAUGUAAGGGACCCCGGAAAUUUGGCCAGUGGAAUCCGGACUCCGGAAAAUUUUGCUUGUGGAAUUCCGGAAUCAUGGGCUUCGGAAUCCGGAAUACAGCUCAAGGAAUCCAGAAUCCAAGAUCUGCUGACAGAGACUGGAAUCCAGUAUUUGGAAUCCUGAAAUACAUGCUUUGGAAUCCAGAGUACCAGAAUGUCUUGGAUUCCUUUACAUGGAGCAAUGGACUGCCACAUGUUACGUAAAUUACCAUCUUAGAUGGAAGCCCUUUUUGUCUUACUACGCUGCAUACUAUACCCAAGCGAGUUGUUUUUGUGCCAUGUGACCGAACAGGGGAGCAUCCAGGAUUUUUUUUAGGAGGGGGUGCACUCGUCUCUUGCUCUACUUCAACACCAACAAACCACAUAGUUUUUUUUUUGCAGAAUACCAGUUGUAUUAGAAAAUCGCAGGUCAUCUCGGGGGGGUGCGCACCCCCUGCACCCUCCCCCUAGAUCUGCCUCCGCGGAAGUAGUGGGAAGUGAGUUGUGGGUUUGAAUUUUACAAUAGUCCAGUGUUGAUUGUAUCAUAAUUACAAGGAAAAAAAUUGUAGCCGAUAAAUAAGUCAAAAAGUGAAUAAAUUUGAUUUGCCAAUUAAAAUAUGACGUUAUUAAGAUGCCGACUAUUUGACUUUCAGGAUCCUGAAACAAUGCAAGCUUUCCAAGAUGUCAGCCAAAACCCGUCAAACAUAACUAAAUACGGAAACAAUCCUAAAUUAAGAACUAUUAUUGAUAAGUUGGACAAGAAAUUUGGUCCCCCAGGAACUGGCCCGCCGCCCGGGAGUGGAAGCGGCUUUUCGGGUGGCUUUUCGGGCGGUAUGCCUUUCGGCAACAUGUUUGGAGGGCCGUAAAUGUUUUCUUUUUAAGUUUCCGCCCUAGAACUGACAACUUCCUCUUCCUUGGGUAUUUGAUGUGUCACGGUAAUUUUAAAAUAUUAUAAAGUUGAUAGAUAGCCUGUGACGAGGUGUGCAAGAUUAUGGGCGCUUUCCAUUUACGAAAAAAAACCGGAAAUUUCGGUGGUAGCAAAAGUGGAAUUUCCGAUCGGUAAAAAGUUGUUCCAUUUGGUCGUAAACCUCGGUACGUGGCCGGGUGCCCGACCGUGGACCUGGAACUGGUACAAACUACAAGAAACGUCAAUGGAACACGACAUUCCGUUCGGAAAUUCCAACCGGGAAAACGGGACCACCUUUUUCGAUUUUCCACUUUUUCUGGGAAUUUUCCAGUGGGACGAACCGACGAAACGUGGUCCAUUUACCGCCGAACCGGAAAUUCCGGAAAUUUUGACUAAAUGGAAAGCGCCCUAUAUGAAUAUAAUAGAGUGUUGAUCUGCAUGGUCCAGUUGAGUCACUCAAAAUGGCAGCAAAAUUCAUCGCCGUUUUGAGCGUUUUACUGAAAGAUCACAUUGAUCAAAAUAGUGCUGAAGUUAGAAUUUUUUUUCACGCUGAACAUGUCAAAUAUUUUACUAUUAAAAAUUUUCUUGGGGAAGCCUGCUCCGAUUGUGCUCGUAAAAUGCUUGACAAGACAAGAAUGCCGACAAGAAUGCCAAAAAGUUGCUGAAAAAUAGUAAAAAAAAAAUGCAACGUAACUCGUAAAUAUGGGUGAAACCACAAGUGGUUGCCCAAGCUCACUGUAAAAGCCCUGAGCAACACUGUACUACUUACCUAAGUAAUCAAUCAUAAGACAUGAAUUAUAAAUUCCAGGACGUCAAUUUGACAAUUAUUCUUUCUUUCAAUAAUUGAUCGAAAUGUGGAUUUAGUUUUUCUUUUGAGUUUACCUUUAGGUUGAUUACGAAAUUCGCAUAACUUGAAGUUCUCGGUGAAAUCGUUGACUUUUUUGUGUUUGAUAUGUGCAUGCAGUUUGCUCUAUAAACCUAUAUUUUCUCAAAAAUUGCUCACAAAGGCAGAUUAUAAUCAAGGUUGCUAGAACCGUAAAAAAUUGUUCCCAACGGCAAAAGCUGCUGAAAAGUUGACGAGCACAAUCGAGACAGGCCUAUUCCUGGCACAAAAAAAUGUGUGAAAAGGUCACAUUUUCACGUAAAAAUAACUUGACCUCAUAAGGUCUGAAACUGGUAACAUACUAAACAUGCUCCUACUAGUAAGAAAUGGUUUGAAACAAAAAUUAAAAAAACAAAACUCUUUUGGAACAAGCCCUUUAAUAGACCCUUCCAUGGAUUUUUCAACUUUUGACAUGGACCAGUUAGGGAAAAUCCGUCCGGGAGCCGGUGUUGGGGUUUAUAUAGUUAGCUAAUGGGGAUCUGAAACGUACAUUUGGGGAAAUCCUUUUAGGGCCGUGAAAAAUAUAAGCGGGAGCUUUAUUGUUAUUGAGUACCAAUGUCGUGAACAUAGCAGUGCAUAAUAUGUAGAGUUUCGUUCGAAGAAGGAAAAGAGGGAGCUAAAGCAUCAACGACGGCGACGGCUACGAAAACUUCACUCAAAAAGUGAACUUGCGCUGCUUUAAACUUUAAUGCGCUUAUUCUAUCUCGUUUAAUUCGUCAAAUGCUGGAAAAUUUUAUGCAGCUGAUUUCUAAAAGACUAUAUCGAAGUUUAGGAAAAGAAAAAAAAAGGCGCUGUCUUGUAUUCAGAGCCUUCUAAGAUAGUGAAAUUUGGCACUUUCACGUCGUAGUCGUCCAUCGACGGUAAGUGCAACGUACACGUGAAUUCGUUGUUUUGACUGUUUUGCUAAUCUGUCAAAACCUAUUGCCUUGUUGCCAUUCUCGUUCUCGUUACCAUCUCUGUCUUCGUUGCUUAAGCUCCAUAUGCAUGUUCUUUAGCGCUAUUCAGUCGUACCCUUAGCUCGGAAAAAUAAUUUACCGCCGAACCGGAAAUUCCGGAAAUUUUGACUAAAUGGAAAGCGCCCUAUAUGAAUAUAAUAGAGUGUUGAUCUGCAUGGUCCAGUUGAGUCACUCAAAAUGGCAGC